AUAAAGGCCGGAACAGCUGAAAGGGUGGCAACUUCUCCUCCUGCAGCCGGGAGCGGCCCGCCUGCCUCCCCGCGCGCCCGCAGCCUCCCCCGCUGCCUCCCUAGGGCUCCCCUCUGGCCGCCAGCGCCCAUUUUUCAUUCCCGAGAUAGAGAUAUUUUGCGCGCACACACAUACAUACACGCGCAAAAAGAGGAAAAAAAGCCCACCCUCCAGCCUCGUUGCAAAGAGAAAACCGGAGCAGCCGCAGCUCGCAGCCCGCAGAGGACGCCCAGAGCCGCAAGCGAGCAGGCGGGCAGACGGACCGACGGACUCGCGCCGCGUCCACCUGUCGGCCGAGCCCGGCUGAGCGCAGAGCGGGCACGCCGCGCGCGCGGAGCAGCCGUGCCCGCCGCCCGGGCCCCGCGCCAGGGCGCACACGCUCCCGCCCCCCCACCCGGCCCGGGCGGGAGUUUGCACCUCUCCCUGCCCGGGUGCUCGAGCCGCCGUUGCAAAGCCAACUUUGGAAAAAGUUUUUUGGGUGAGACUUGGGCCUUGAGGUGCCCAGCCCUGCGCUUUCCGAUUUUUGGGGCCUUUCCAGAAAAUGUUGCAAAAAAGCUAAGCCGGCGGGCAGAGGAAAACGCCUUUAGCCGGCGAGUGAAGACGAACCAUCGAUUGCCGUGUUCCUUUUCCUCUUGGAGGUUGGAGUCCCCUGGGCGCCCCCACACGGCUAGACGCCUCGGCUGGUUCGCGACGCAGCCCCCCGGCCGUGGAUGCUCACUCGGGCUCGGGAUCCGCCCAGGUAGCGGCCUCGGACCCAGGUCCUGUGCCCAGGUCCUCCCCUGCCCCCCAGCAACGGAGCCGGGGCCGGGGGCAGCGGCGCCCGGGGGCCAUGCGGGUAAGCCGCGGCUGCAGCGGCCUGAGCGCCUGAUCGCCGCGGACCCGAGCCGAGCCCACCCCCCUCCCCAGCCCCCCACCCUGGCCGCGGGGGCGGCGCGCUCGGUUUACGCGUCCGGGGCCCCGCGGGGCCGGACCCGGAGUCGGCAUGAAUCGCUGCUGGGCGCUCUUCCUGUCUCUCUGCUGCUACCUGCGUCUGGUCAGCGCCGAGGUGAGUUGCCACAGCGGCUGGGGCUAGUUCUUCUUUCAUUACCUUCGCCCCCACCUUCUGACCGCCCCCUCCUCUCCCUGCAGUGAACUUUGGACCCUUGCAGCCCGCAAGCCUGACGCCAGGCGCUGGGUGACCUCCUCGGGCUGGGAGCGAGGUCCGCGGGUGACAGGCUCUAAGGGAAGGCAACAGCAGUGGCUUUCUUUCCAACCGGCGGUCGAACCUGGCUCCCUAAGCCGUUCCGCGUCGGGGGAGGGUGUGUGUGGCCCUGCCCCCCACCCCUCGGGAACCCGAGAACAAGCCCGUUCCCGGCCGGGGAAGAGGGGGUGGGGUGGCGCCCCGGGUACAGAAGGCAGCGCGUCCUCCCGAACCCACUUCGGCGCCAGCCUCGGCUUAGGCUCUGUCCUGCCACCGGCUUGCCCAGGAGGUGCAAGCUUUCGCACCAGUGCCAUCCACGCCGAUCUCUGGCGGGGUUCGGGUCCCACCCUGGCUCCCGGUGGGGGUCCGGGUGGGCGCCCUCCGGCAAGCGCAGAGCAUGCCCGGCCCCAAAGCACUGUCUGGUAGCAGCUUGUGUCUCGGGCGCGGGGGCUGGGGGGUGGGUAACAAGGAGAGAGAGAUAGAGCGGGAGAGACGGAGGGACAGAGGCGCAGGUAGGUUUCGGGCACUCAGAUAGCGGAAGAACUGGGGGCUCUGAAGGAAUCCAGCCCCGGGGGCGCUGUGUGCCUGAGGCCUCGCCGUACCUGUGCCCGCGCCCUGCGAGAGGAAGCACCUCUCUCCCCCGCAUGCAGGGUGCGGAGCGCGCCGCCUGCAAAAGCCUAGCGGCACAGGAGAUGGGGUGUAAAAACAUCUACGGGAGCGCUGGGGUCGGAGCCGUCCCCACCACUCCCAGCCUCACGUAGCGGGGGACCCCAUUCCUGAGGAGCUCUAUGAGAUGCUGAGUGGCCACUCGAUCCGCUCCUUUGAUGACCUCCAGCGCCUGCUGCAGGGAGACUCCGGAGAGGAAGAUGGGGCUGAGCUGGACCUGAACAUGACCCGCUCCCAUUCUGGAGGCGAGCUGGAGAGCUUGGCUCGUGGGAGAAGGAGCCUGGGUUCCCUGAGCGUUGCCGAGCCAGCCAUGAUCGCCGAGUGCAAGACGCGCACCGAGGUAUUCGAGAUCUCCCGGCGCCUCAUCGACCGCACCAACGCCAACUUCCUGGUGUGGCCGCCCUGUGUGGAGGUGCAGCGCUGCUCGGGCUGUUGCAACAACCGCAACGUGCAAUGCCGGCCCACCCAGGUGCAGCUGCGGCCAGUCCAGGUGAGAAAGAUUGAGAUUGUACGGAAGAAGCCCAUCUUUAAGAAGGCCACGGUGACACUGGAGGACCACCUGGCAUGCAAGUGUGAGACAAUGGCGGCUGCACGGGCUGUGACCCGAAGCCCGGGGAGUUCCCAGGAGCAGCGAGCCAAAACGCCCCAAACUCGGGUGACCAUCCGGACGGUGCGAGUCCGCCGGCCCCCCAAGGGCAAGCACCGGAAAUUCAAGCACACGCAUGACAAGACGGCACUGAAGGAGACCCUCGGAGCCUAGGGGCAUCAGCAGGAGAGCGUGGGCAGGGUUAUUUAAUAUAGUAUUUGCUGUAUUGCCCCCAUGGGGUCCUUGGAGUGAUAAUAUUGUUUCCCUCGUCCGUCUGUCUCGAUGCCUGAUUCGGACGGCCUAUGGUGCUUCCCCCGCCCUUCCACGUAUCCGUCCACCCUUCCAUCAGAGGGUCUCCUCCCAGCGGCCUCCAGCAUCUUGCCCAGCAGCUCAAGAAGAGAAAGAAGGACUGAACUCCAUCACCAUCUUCUUCGCUUGACUUCAAGAACUUGGGAUAAGAGUGUGAGAGAGACUGUUGGGGUCACCGUUUGGGGAAAACCGGCUCCUUCCUCUGCACCUGGCCUGGGCCGCACCCAAGCGCUAUGGACUGGCCGAGGGACCCUGCACGUGGCCCCGAGAACCUCUCAGCAUAGCCUGCCUGAUCCCUGGACCCCUGGCCAGCUCUGAUGGGAGGCACCUCCAGGCAGGCCAGGCUACCUCGGACUCCGUGGCUAAGACCACAGACAGGCACACAGACUGGAGAAAACCCCUCCCACCGUGCCCAAAUCCCAGUCACCUCGUCUCCCUGGCACCUCUGUGAACAGUGGCUUCAUUUUGUUUUCACUUUGAAGACGUGGACUCCUCUGGGUGGGUGUGGCCAGUGUACCAGGUGGCUGGGUGCCCUCUCAGAGGAGUUAGAGAUGGAGUUUACUAUUGAGGUGGCUGUAGAUGGUAACCUGGGCGUCCCUGCCUCCUGCCACCCCCUGCUUCCCACACUCCACUCUGAUUCACCUCUUGCUCUGGUUCCUUUCAUCUCUCUACCUCCACCCCGCAUCUUCCUCUUGUCCUGGCCCUUCAGUUUGCUCCACCAAGAGGCUCUUGAACCCUUUAUUAAGGCCCCAGAUGAUCCAGAGGCCAAGGCAGCAGGGGACCUGCCCAUCCUAUUCCAACCCAGCCAAGACUGCCAUGUAAGGUUGUGCAGGGUGUGGACUGCACAAGGACAUUGUAUGCAGGGAGCACUGUUCAUACCAUAGAUAAAGCUGAUUUGUAUAUUUAUUAGGACAAUGUCUGGCAGAUGUAGGUAAAGAGGAAAAGGAUCCUUUUCCUAAUUCACACAAAGCCUCCUUGCGGACUGGCUGUGCCACUGAUGCAGCCUGUGGCUUGGAGUGGCCAGAUAGGAGGGAGACUGUGGUCGAGGCAGGGACCCCCAUUUCCACAUGACCCCCAUUUCCCAGAGUCCUCUGCUCCAGCAACUGCCCUUCCAGGCGGGUGUGGGACACCCGGGAGAAGGUCUCUAAGGGAGGGUGCAGCCCCUCUUGCUCACACCCCUCCCUGCUUGCACACUUCCCCAUCUUCGAUCCUUCCAAGCUCCACCUCUGGUGGCUCCUCCCAGGAAACCAGCUCGUGUGCUGGGAGUGGGGGAGAGAAGGGAAAAGAUCCCCAAGGCCCCCUAGGGAUGGGAUCCGAGCUCCCACCUCCCUUCCCGCCAACUGCACUUUCCCCUUCCCCUCCUCCAAAACCUGCUUCCUUCAGUUUGUAAAGUUGGUGAUUAUAUUUUUGGGGGCUUUCCUUUUAUUUUUUAAAUGUAAAAUUUAUUUAUAUUCCGUAUUUAAAGUUGUAAAAAAAAAAAUAACCACAAAACCAAACCAAAUGAA